AUGGCCACCUCGACCGAUACUACGGCCACCACUAUCACUAUCACCUCUAGCCCCAUCCUCGAGAUCGCAGCCCCCUCCAACACCGCCCUCCAGGCGGUCACCAGCUACCUUGAAAUCCUCGCCUUCCUGAGCGAGCUGUGCGCUGACUUCGGGGCCGAGGAGGGGGACAACCACAGCGUCGAGCACAGCGACGCCGGCGAAGAGGAGGAGGAGGAGGAAGAGGCCAACGACGACCAGGCAGGGGGCAAGACCGAGGACAAGAAUGAUCAGGAUUAUGAAGGCGCGGAGGAGGGCCAGUAG